GGCGGCGGCGCCGGCCUGGCCUGGCCUGGCUGAGGGGAGGCGGCGGGCGGGCGCGAUGGCGGAGGCCGGGCCACAGGCGCCGCCGCCCCCGGGCACCCCGAGCCGGCACGAGAAGAGCUUGGGGCUUCUCACUACCAAGUUCGUGUCGCUUCUGCAGGAGGCCAAGGACGGCGUGCUUGACCUCAAGCUGGCAGCUGACACCCUAGCUGUGCGCCAGAAGCGGCGGAUCUACGACAUUACCAACGUGCUGGAAGGUAUUGGGCUGAUCGAGAAAAAAUCCAAGAAUAGCAUCCAGUGGAAGGGCGUGGGGCCUGGCUGUAACACCCGGGAGAUUGCGGACAAGCUGAUUGAGCUUAAGGCAGAGAUCGAAGAGCUGCAGCAGCGAGAGCAAGAGCUGGAUCAACACAAGGUGUGGGUGCAGCAGAGCAUCCGGAACGUCACAGAGGACGUGCAGAACAGCUGCUUGGCCUACGUGACUCAUGAGGACAUCUGCAGAUGCUUUGCUGGAGACACUCUUCUAGCCAUCCGGGCUCCUUCUGGCACCAGCUUGGAGGUGCCCAUCCCAGAGGGCCUCAAUGGGCAGAAGAAGUACCAGAUUCAUUUGAAGAGUGUGAGUGGUCCCAUCGAGGUGCUGCUGGUGAACAAGGAGGCAUGGAGCUCACCGCCUGUGGCAGUGCCUGUGCCGCCACCUGAAGAUCUGCUCCAGAGCCCAUCUGCUCUCUCUACUCCUCCACCUCUACCCAAACCUGCUGUGGCCCUGCCCCAGGAUGCCUCACACCCAAGCAGUCCCCAGGUCACCAGCACCACCACCAUCUGUGCCCCUGCUAGCGUCGAAGCCCAAGGGAUGGCCAUUCCAGCAGCUGAGAUCAUAGUGAUGGGUUUGGGCCAUGUGGUUGCAGUGAGUGGCGGCCCUGGAUCUGAUAACAAGGACAGUGGUGAGCUCAGCUCACUCUCGCUGGGCCCGGCAGCACUGGACACCCGGCCACUGCAGUCGUCUGCCCUGCUGGACAGCAGCAGUAGCAGUAGUAGCAGCAGCAGCAGCAGCAGCAGCAGUUCAUCUGGACCCAACCCUUCUACCUCCUUUGAGCCCAUCAAAGUGGACCCCACAGGUGUUCUGGAACUCCCCAAAGAGCUGUCAGAAAUUUUUGAUCCCACACCAGAGUGCAUGAGCUCGGAGCUACUGGAGGAGCUGAUGUCCUCAGAAGUCUGGUGCUCUCUGCAGUGUUUGCCCCCCUUCUCCGCCUUUCUCCGCCCCCCGGAGACCACGAUUACAUCUACAACCUGGAUGAGAGUGAAGGCGUCUGUGACCUCUUUGAUGUGCCUGUUCUCAACCUCUGACGGGGACAUGCCCUAUGUGGCUGGGACACAGACUGUCUAACCUGAGGGCUGCUUGGGGACCUCCUACAUCUCAGCCGUACACACAGCUUGAGAGCACAGACUCCGGCUUCCCCAGCUUUCCCUCACGGCACAGUUCUGGCCACAGCUCCCACUCCUGCACUGACACCUGCAUUGUGCUGGGAGAGCAGAAGGGGCUCAGCUCCCUCCAUGGUGGAGCCAAAAUAUUUGCUUCUCCUUUUCUGGAGCCUUCCCCCACCUGUGUCCUCCCUGUGCCCCCCCUGAGCCCCGGCUCUGCUGCCACCCAGUGUCACAGAGUGAGGAAACACAUUCACUCCAUAGGGCAGCUUGUCUAACCUCCCCCUUGCCCUGUUCCUGUCAGCUCUCCCCCUCCCAGGAGGGAAGCUGGGGUGGGCUGGGCACUUGCCAGCACCACUCCUUGCCUCCUUCACUUCUCUCCACCCCUUUACCCUAGAGCUCCUCCUGGACCUGUCCUGCCUCCCUUCUGCCUGGCCCUUAGCCCUGACCACCUGUAGGUGGUGUUGGGGGAAGGGGGAGGGUGCUAACAGGAACAGAGGUCUCUAGCUAGGAAUCUGGGCAGGUGAGUCCCUGAGGAUUGACCCAACCUCCCUCCUCCCAAUAGCCCCUCGUUUAUUCAUUUACCCUCAUUUAGAGCCAUUUGCAGAGAUUUAGAAAGAUUUGCAGUAACGAAUGGAUUCCUAUAUAAAGAUUAUUUUUAUACUUUUUUUCAACAAAAGGAAAAUGUAAUAUUUGUACAGUGUCCAAGUGAAUAAAGAUCGUGCCUAAGGCUA